AUGGUACAAAAAAACUACUUCUUCGUGAUGAUACAAUGCCUGAUGGUUCCAAGCAUAUAAUGACCUAUAUAGACAAUGCUAAUAUAAAAAGGCCUAAGAGAAUUAAACGAGUUUUUAAAGAAAGAGGUUUGUGGAUACCAGGCCUUAUAAAAAAUGCUUAUAAACUUGGACUUUCUGGAAAGACUGCUGAUUUUGCAGUAAAGAAGUAUCAUUCUCAUCGUCAAAUUUUAGAACAAGUUCUUGAAGAAUUUGCUUAUGAUUAA